GUCCAGCCCACAGAGGCUCGGAUGAGGAAGUAGCUACACUGAUGAUACGUGCCCCGAAUAAGGAAUAGGACAGCACGAAAAAAGUUUCCCAGCAGCCAUGAAGCUACGACUGCACUUCGUGGUGGACCCUAUGGGCUGGCUGUGUAUCAGCAUGGUGUUUGGGAUCUGGCUCUACAACACCUUCUUCAUCCCUAAACUGGUUCUGCUUCCACACUACAACGAGGGACACAUCCCCUGGGCCAUCGUAGUUUGUUAUUACAUCGCAUCAGGACUCUGCUUGGCGGCCCUCUUCAGAGCUUCUACGGCGGAUCCUGGCCGUCUUCCUGUAGACCCCAAAAUACCUCACUCCGAGCGAGAGCACUGGGAGUUGUGCAAUAAAUGCAACUUGAUGAGACCCAAAAGGUCCCACCACUGCAGUCGGUGUGGCCACUGUGUGCGCAAAAUGGACCACCACUGUCCUUGGAUCAAUAACUGUGUGGGAGAAGACAACCACUGGCUCUUCCUGCAGCUCUGUUUCUACACUCAGGUUCUCAGUCUGUUCACCCUGGUGCUGGACUUCUGCCAGUACUAUUACUUCCAGCCACUCACAGGACUAGACCAGGAGAAGUUUACAACUCACCAUGAACUGGCUCUGAUGAGAGUCUCAACGCUGAUGGGUCUCAUGAUGUUUGGUGGCAUGAGCAGCUUGUUUUACACUCAGAUGGCUGGCAUCCUCUCUGAUACUACCACCAUUGAGAAGAUGGCUCAGUUCUCAAAUGAAGUAUAUGGCUCAAAGAAAUCCUGGCAGUGGGCGCUCACUGAAGUUUGUGGCACUCGCUGGAAACUCCUGUGGCUCAUCCCGCUCCGAAACAGGCAGCCGAUCCAAGCCAGUCACCACUUCCGCACCCACGUCUAGGGCCGGUAGGUCCACAGUACCUCCUGCCUGCACAGAUGGUAGGUGCUGCCAUGAUGAAACACUGAAAACACACUUUGAAUCCAUCUGCUCGCCUUCACCGUCCUCUUUUGUGCUGUUGGAGCCGGGCAGCAGGUUUGUGGAUAUUCUCCGCUUUUUUUCUUCUUUUUUUUGCCUUUCUCCACAAGGCCUGACAGUAAACAGGGUCAAGAAACACCUAAGGGAGUGAUGGGAAAAUGUUGCUUUUUUUACUCACUGUGACUGCUACUUUCAGCAUUUUGAAAACACUUUUAAUGGCUAUUCGAAGGAAUGGAAAAGCUGGCGAAAGGGACCCCUCUCAGGUUACUUUGACAAAGAGCCUUCACUACUGACCUUUAAUCAGCUACAGACAGAACCAGAGUGACUGUAAGAAAGGCGUGUUUUUGUAUAAAGUUUGUGCCUUGUUUCUUUUAACUAUGCCAUUUUGAUUUGUCAUGCAUGAGCAGUUUUUCUAUGUGUUCUUGGUGAUCUUAUUGUGAAUAGUGAAGGGAUCUGGAUAUCCUUUAACCUGUGAUCAUAUGAUGAUUCAUGAAUGUUUCUCUUGGAUUGUUCUCUGAACACUUGAUCUAUUAAGGGAUGUUUUAUGACGCUUGAUCACAGAGCAAAUUCCAUAACUUGAAUACUGAUACAUGACAUUUUUAUGACACACAUGACAGGCCAGGUAUGAAGGUGUGUAGUAGCAAGCCGACAGUUAGCACUUCACCGUGCCAUGGAAAAAACGUAGAAACAACUUUAUACUAUCGGUCAAGGCUGUAAAUGUCAUAGUCAAACCUGCUGUAUAAUCAAGAUGUUUCUCUGAGUAUAAUAGACAUUCCACAGCCAAUUAAUAUUAUCACCUUAUCAUAUCCUGUUGUGUAACUCUUAUUGAAAGGGUUUAAGUGUCAAAUGUUAUCCUCAAAGAUAAACCACUUUGUUUAUGUUGCAAGAAUAGUUUGACUUUUUGGGAAAUACAAUGAUAUCAAUCUUCUCAUCUAAGUCUGUAUAAAUAAAGAAAUAUUAGUAAUUACUUGAAUAUCUAACUUUUCCUUUAACUCAGUCUAUCGACCAUAGCACUUACAAUGCAUGAGCACAAAUUAAUUUCUCAUUUGACUAGAAUUUGUGGUUUAUAUGCUUUUAAAGUUACGUUUUAAAUGUGUCUGAAUGUCUGUGAAUGCAUAACUUUAAUAAUAGAACAACAACUAGCAGAUAAGUCUACAUGUGGUGACACUUGACAAAACACUGAUUUAUGUAUGCUGGUUUUGCUGUAAAGCUAUAGUACUGUUUAGAGAUGUUAUUGAAUCAUUUAACAGGAUAUAUAAGGAGAAGAUGAUUCAUUACAUAAUUAUAAAGCGUGGUUGUCACAGUGUGUAAAACUUGACAAUCCUAUAGAUAAACCUGUACGUAAACAAAGCUUGCCAAGUGUGGGAAAUAUAACAAUAUCCAAGUAGUUUUAAGUGCCUUUUAUAGGUGUUAUUUUUACUCUCACGGUACAUCAUCAUUAUCACGUUGGUCUCCAUCAAAGCCAAAGACCUGGGGAAACGUUGCAAUAGUCAACAAGCAUUCAGUAAAAUGCAUGUUUCACCAAAUGUAUGAUGGUAGAGGUUCAAUAUUAUGCACUGUUUUUCACACUGGUACUCAGUGAGUUUUACUGGAUAUAUUGAAAGGAAGUCUCAAUUUAAAGUUAUUGUAUUUAUGUGUUUUAUUCAUAUUUUAAAUCAGAUUGUUUGCUUUUGCACGAGUGUGUGUUGAUAAGUGGUUUUUAUAACUCGGAUUCAGGUUCUUGUUUGUGAUUUGUUUUAUUUUGCGGUGGGAUAAAGACUGGGCAAAUGUGUAUGAUUGUCAUAUAAUAAGGGGGUACCGAUCACUUUUAGAAAUAUGUUUUAAAAGCAAUAAGCAUUGUGUACAAGUAAAAGCCAUUGUAUUGUUACAACAGUAGUGGAAUUCUCAAAUGUAUUUUGAAGUAUGUAAACUGGACAGAUGACGUACUAACCAGCGUUUACUUGACAUCAAUACUUCAGUAACCUCAGCCAGAAUUAACACUACUGUAGCUGCUUUGUGUAGUUUUACAGUUUUUUCAUUUACAGUAUAAGACUGGUUUGAGUUUGUUAGAUUUGAAUACAGAGCUGCAGACUGGAGGUGUGCGAUCUGGCGUCCCCCAGGGCUCUCAGUUGGUAUCUGUGCAAUUUUCUUCACACUGUCCUUUUGCUGUACUCCAAAUGUGUUUCAAGCUUUAUUGUUUUUGAUUCAUACCUCAAACACUGGUUACGUUUUGUGAAUUAAAUAAAUACACAAUGAAUAUGUCA